AUGAACACGUCCGGCUCGACGCUCGAUAGCCGCCUCAUAUCGCCAGAAGCACCCCGUUCGCCGCAAUAUUAUUUUGCAAUCUUUCAAACGACGGAUACUUUUGUCGCUAAGGCUACAUCCCCAAGUAGUCCUAGCAGUAUUGCGACGAGUUCCCAGAUUCGUACCCUUCGGAAGCUUGGCAAGGGCAGGGACACACCUCAACCACAGCGGGUGUCUCCGAGAAUCACAAAGAUUGUUCAGCUACCCGAGUCUUCUAUCUUGUGGUCCCGCGUGGAAGCUUUCUUGCAAGAGUUCGGAUGUUUCUGGCCAUUCUUGCGCGGGGAAAAUGUUCGUGAAAAAUUAUCGGUCGCCAUAGGCUCGACAAUGCGUGGCAGCCAUCCGAACCAGAUAAUCGUGACAGCGACAAACUGCAAGAUGAUUGCCAUUUUGUUCAAUAUGCUCGCCUAUGCGGACCUGAUGGAUGAAGUAUUCGCCACCGCCGAUAUUUCUCCUGGAUCUCAAUCCUAUUGCCAAGGGCUAAGUCUGAUGGAGUCUUUUGGGAUGCUCCAUGAUAACGACUUGGAGACGAUGAUCUAUUAUACUAUCGCAGCAUCAUUUUUUCUGGCCGCUGAAAAGCUACAUACGGCUUUGCAGAGUGCUUCUCAGGCUUUCCAUAUCGCUCGCUGUCUUGAGUUGAACAAUCAAAAGCGGUGGCCUGAAAAUACAGAGGCCGAGAUUGCUUGUCGCCAGUCUCUCUGGUGGACAUUGUAUUUUCUCGACAAAAGGAUCACCCAAAAGAUUGGUAUCUCGUACUCUGUUCGAGAAAAUGAGUGCGGUGUCAGGGAGUUUGAUGAUGAUGGAACCGGCGAGAGUUUACGCGACCAUCAUGAAAUGCUACAAAGCAUGGUGAACUACAGUCAUUUGUGGGCUUAUAUUUGGGACGGCUUUUUCUCCCCACGCGCCUCGGUGAAACAAAUUGAUUUUGAUGAAGUUGAAUUAACAGACACCAAGAUUAUGCUGGCCUAUCGUCGUCUUCCCGACAGCCUUCUUUGGGAUUACCGAAAGGCUUUGGAAUACAUGAAGGGUGAUAACGAGACACAGAUCCGGCGGCGACUUCUAGUUUUUCUGGUAAGAUUCCAUAAGAUCCAAUUGAAAAUUGCUGUAGUCUGCAUCCAUCGAGUACUGACACUUCAGCCUCAGAGGUUUACAUUUCUCCGCCUCAGCAUCAGACAUAGCCAUUUACGAUCGGAGAAGCACGAGCGACAGCGACGUGAGUCGUGUAUUUCUCUUUGCAAAGCAAUGGUAGAUGCGGUUCAGUCCUACACCGAUAGUUUCGGCAGUCACAAGCCCAGCGGCUAUUUCUUGACAUCUGCACUAGUGGAGAGUCUGUAUUGGAUUGAGAUCGAGAGACGACAAGAAACCCCAGUGGCAGAAGCAUGUCACCUUGACAGUAUCAAAGAAACUGCGAGACGACUCCUUCAUGACCUUUCAUUGAGUAUCGGGGCUGCCUCGAGAGCUUAUCAGUCUUUAAGUGAUGUUCUUUCCAACAACGUUUGGGAAGAGCUGCUCCAGGAUCCUGAGAAUUUACCAGACUUCAGCGAGCUUUUCAUAGACGAGAUGCACUUGCCUGACAAUACUUCACAAGUGAGAAUGGAGAGUGGCACGCCCGAAUCGACGUAUUCGAGACUUUUCUCAAAGUCUAUGCCAGCGUGGAUCGCGGAAAAUGGAUUAAAUGACCUUGGGGACUUUGACUGGGAAAUACUCAUGGAGCCACUACCUUUGACACAGACACAAAAUGAAAGGUGA